ACGAUGUCUGGGGAAUUGCCACUGAACAUCAACAUCCAGGAACCUCCAUGGGAUCAGAGCACUUUUAUCAGACUAGUCAAUCAAUUCUUCACUGUGACGGAUCCCAGGAACAUUCUGUUAACAAAUGAGCAACUUGAGAACGCAAAGAAAAUAGUACAUGACUACAGACAAGGAGUUGUCCCUCCGGGUCUUACAGAGAAGGAGCUGUGGAGAGCCAAGUACGUGUACGAGUCUGCCUUCCACCCGGACACCGGCGAGAAGAUGGUCCUGAUCGGGCGGAUGUCAGCCCAGGUGCCCAUGAACAUGACCAUCACCGGCUGCAUGAUGACCUUCUACAGGAUCACACCAGCCGUGCUGUUCUGGCAGUGGAUUAACCAGUCCUUCAACGCCAUCGUCAACUACACCAACAGAAGCAGAGAUGCUCCUUUCACUGUGAACGAACUGGGAACAGCUUACCUUUCUGCGACAACUGGUGCUGUGGCCACCGCGCUGGGGCUGAACGCGCUCACCAAGCAAGUGUCUCCGCUCAUUGGACGCUUUGUGCCCUUCGCGGCGGUCGCCGCUGCCAAUUGCAUUAACAUUCCGCUGAUGCGGCAAAGGGAGCUCAAAGCUGGCAUUCCGGUCACCGACGACAGUGGGACCCGCUUGGCCAUCCCUCCAUUCAUCAUGAACAGGAGAAGAAGGCCUUCCUUUAAGAGGUUCCCGUGGCUGAGCGCGCCCAUCCAAGUCAGUCUCGUGGGCUUCUGCUUGGUGUUCGCCAAGCCCCUGGGCUGUGCCCUGUUUCCUCUGAAAAGUUUCAUGUCUGUGACAAGCUUGGAGGCCGAACCGCAAGCCAGGAUCCAAGAGAGCCAUCCUGAACUGCGGCGUGUGUACUUCAAUAAGGGGCUGUGA